CACACGGGCAGCGCACGGCGUCGCACUCGCAGCUCUGUCCCUGCUCACACACGCAGCUGGAGAGGGAGAUAAAUGAACGGACCGGAGGAAAUUGUGAGGAAGAAGCUGGACUUGUAGUGUCUGGAGACAGGCUGCAGAGAGAGAGAGGGAGAGAGAGAGAGAGAGAGAGAGAGAGAGAGAGAGAGAGAGAGAGAGAGAGAGAGAGAGAGAGAGAGAGAGAGAGAGAGAGAGAGAGAGAGAGGUCUCUCCCCCUCCUGAGUGGCUGAGGGCUGGCUCUUUAGUGACAGGAAACGCAAGGCUUGCGAUGAGACCUGAGCGCUGAGUGGAGUAUGCUGCAGACGAUUUACGAGGGCGAGUCAAGUUUCUCCACAACAGAGGGGCGCGUUGGACACCAGCAGCUCCUCAGCCAGACCAAGAUGCACAACGUGAACAGCUCAGUGGACAUCAAGGCGGACAGUGUCCUGGCUUCGGAGCCCUUAUCUCCUUUGGACCUGCGUACAGAUUUGAGGAUGCUGGGGCCUGGCUCGGACCCCGGACUGUGGGAAAGGCAGCUGCAGCAGGAGCUGCUUCUCAUUCAGAAGCAGCAGCAGAUCCAGAAGCAGCUACUGAUCAGCGAGUUCCAGAAGCAGCACGAGAAGCUGACCCGUCAGCACCAUGCUCAGCUCCAGGAGCAUCUCAAGCUCCAGCAGGAGCUCCAGGCCAUGAAGCAGCAGCAGGAACUUGCAGAGAAGGAGCGGCGCUUGGAGCAGCAGCAGCAACAACAGAACCAGCAGGAGAAAGAGCAGGAGAGGCAUCGACGGGAGCAGCACGUCUCUAGCAUGAGCCUCCGGGCCAAGGAGCGCUCCAGAGAGAGUAAGAGAGGUGCGGUGGCCAGCACAGAGGUGAAGCAGAAACUCCAAGAGUUUCUGUUGAGCAAAUCAGCAAAGGAUCCUGUCGGCAGUGGAGCCAAUCAUUCUUUUAUCCACCACCCAAAGCUCUGGUGCACGUCCUCCCACCACACAUCCUUAGACCAAAGCUCUCCACCUCUGGGUGGAGCAUCACCCACCUGCCAGUACACGCUGCCGUCGCCCUUAGAGAGCAAGGACGACUUCCCCUUGAGGAAGACAGCAUCCGAGCCAAACCUGAAGGUCCGAUCCAGGCUGAAGCAGAAGGUGGCAGAAAGGAGAAGCAGCCCGAUGUUGAAGAGAAGAGACGGAAACAUCAUGACUCCAUACAAGAAGCGGGCGCUGGAGCUAAUGGAUUCAGCUCCAACUAACAGUGCCCCUGGAUCUGGCCCUAGCUCCCCCAUAGGGGCCUCCAGUGCCUUGGGGGCUGAAAACGGUCCCUCUUCUCUGCCAACCACUACCAAAACCGAGAGGUGGCCUUCCCAGCCAAGAUUAUUCCGACCCGAGGGCUCCGUGUCCAUGCUGAGCUUGUACACGUCUCCAUCUUUACCCAACAUCUCCCUGGGACUCUCUACAGCAUCCACACCGAUGAGUGCUGCUUUGGGGUUGAAAGACAGAACAACAGAAAUCAAACAUGGGCUGCCUGGGCACCUGUUGGGCCCUGUGCCCCUUCAAACGGGCCUGGAGUCCAAAGUGAGCCCCAGUCAUCAGGCUCUCCUCCAGCACCUCCUCCAGAAGGAGCAAAUCAGGCAACAGAAGAUAAUCUCCUCUGGUCAAGGCUCCCACCAUCAGUCCCCGCUGGCCAUGAAGGAUCGGCCCUCCACCAGUCGCCCUAAGCUACCAAAACACCGACCUUUGAACAGAACCCAGUCAGCGCCGCUGCCUCAGAACGCGCUGGCCCAACUUGUCAUCCAGCAGCAACACCAGCACUUCCUGGAGAAGCAGAAACAGUACCAGCAGCAGGUCCAUAUAAAUAAGCUGUUAUCUAAGUCCAUCGAGCAGCUCCGUCAGCCCAGCACACACCUGCAGGAGUCCGAGGAGGAGCAGGAGCAGAUAGAGGAGACUGAGAGCAUGCAGGAGGACAGGCUGCCCCCUACAGGAGUCAUCCGGAAGCACACGCUCAGCAACAGCAGCAGUGGCGGCUCGAGCAGCGAGCUCCAAGACGCUCACUAUGGGGUCAUCAAGGUCAAAGAAGAGCCGGCUGAUAGUGAGGACGAGGCUGUGACCAGUCAGCGCCUAGAGUCUGAGCAGAACACCUAUCUGCACCAGGUCAAAGGGAGACUGGUGAUAAGAGCCAUGAUCUAAGGAGGGGACCUUAAAGCCACACACACACACGCACGCACGCACGCACGCACGCACGCACGCACACACACACACACACACACACACACACACACACACACACACACACACACACACACACAUACACAUACACAUACACAUACACACACACACACUCAGUAGGCAACACAUGACCUCUUCUUCCACUCGUCCGACUCUCUUCAGACUCUCCGUCUGUGAUCUUUGUGUGGUGAUCUCUGUAAAUAAACCUUUGUCUGUAAAUAUAAAAACUAUUUAGUCUAACCUUUUUAAGCGCUGCUUUGGUCUCUUUGAGUCUGCUGAGCUGAACGGAAGAAUUAAAACAGCUUGUCUGUACAUAUGCUGUGGACUGUUUAGCAGGUGUGCAGCUUCAUGUCCCCACUCUGUACAUUUGUGCUCCUUUAAGUACUUUGUAAUUGGGAAUAAUCAGUCUUUGUUGUUUGUUAAGAGGAUGAAAACACUAUAUGUACUUAAUUUUAUUUUACUUUGAAAAUCUGUGACAACGUUCAGCGUUUGAUGGUCUAACGAGGAGUAACGAACACCUGUCUUAGAGAGAAAGCACGCCUCAGUCCUAAUGGAAGGCUGUGCUAUACGAGUGCUUUUACCACUGGACUGUGUUGCCAUUUGAAAGGAUUUUGAAGCACUAUAAAUGCAACGUGAACUCUAUGAAUCCAUCCUGCUCUCUUUUCUCUCAGAGCAAACCCAGAGCUCCUCUCCUGUCUCACCCUCUGGGUCUGAAUCAAAGCUCAACGAGGUUCCCGCCCGGCUUUCAGCAGAGGAGUCAGACGGAGUGGAGAAGGAGAGAGGGUCGGGCAGGAAAUGCCUUUUAGAAGCCAGCAGUUGGAGUGAUUCAUGUGUGCAGGAAUGCUGAGAGAGGAGGACCGAGAGUUGGAGGAGUCCAAGGGGCCAGGCUAGAGAACUGAUUUACUGUCAAGGCGAAUUACAAAGUGAGUGGGGAUAUGGUUAAGAGACUCCUUUUUUUAAGGGGAAUCGCUUCCUUCGUAUUCCCUCGUGGCAUGCUUACCUCGACAUGCAGGUUUGAUGUUACUUAAGAAAAAAAAACCUAGAGGAGACCUUCUUUUGUGAUCCCAUUUCCUCCCCAAAAAGUGCCCAUUGAGACGUGUAUAGUUUGUCUUAAAGUGAUGAGUCUACAUGUAUUUAAUAGUCCUGAUCCUUUCUGUUUCUGUUGUAACGUUGGGUAAAUGUUUAAAAAAGGGUCCUGCUGUAAGGCUUCGUGUUUGGAUUCAUGUCUGCCCUCCGCUGUACGGUCAGGUUGUCCAGGUUUUAUGUUUUUAGUGUAAGUAAACACAAUCAGAACAAUGCAAGGCCUGUUCUCCUGCUCCUUUGAUUUGAUUAUAAUGAGAAGGCCUUCGCUGCCUCUGAGUGCGUGUGUGUGUGUGUGUGUGUGUGAGUGUGUGAGAGGGGGUGGAGGGAGUUAGAGGGGGGUCCUGUGGUUUGUUCACAGUUUGCAUUUCUUUUCUUUGUUGCCUUGUGUGAUAAACUUUUCUUUCUUUUUUUAAAAUAAAGCUAAUUUACCUCAGA